GGGUAUGCACCAAACCAAGUGGUUCCUAAUAAAGGGAACCUUAAUGUUGUGGCCAACUCAACCUUUAUCACUUUAGAGUCCAAUCAUUUAUACAUGGUGUUUCAGUUACAAACUACUACUCAACCUUUAUCUUGGAUCAUAUUUGCCACUGGUUCCAUUGGAUUAUUCCCUCAAGCACCAAGUUUUGCAUUAACAAAACACCUUGACAAGAUUUCCCAAAGAAUUGACUAUUCAAAAGCAAAACUUGGAAGUUCACAAGGUGAUAGUACUUCUAAUUCUUCUUCUUCUUCAUCAUCACAAGCAAAUGGAAAUAAUGGAAGCAAUGGUUCAUUAUCAUCACAAGGAGAUUCAUGUGGUUCAAACCUAAACCUAAAUGCUCCUCUUUUCUUUGACACAACAAAGCUCAUUUGUAUUCCUGUUUGGAAUACUCAAGGUUUCAUCCUCAGGUAUUAUGAGAGUUCUCCAAAUACAUGGAGCUUCAUUCUCUCAGCACCAAACCCUAAUUCCUACAUAGCAAUAGGGUUCUCACCCAAUGGAGGCAUGGUUGGUGCAAGUGCCAUAGUUGGUUGGAUCUCAACAAAUGGAGCUGGUGGAGGCAUGAAACAAUAUUAUCUAGCAGGGACAACACCUAACAUGGUUGUUCCAGAUAGGGGCAAUUUAGUAAUUCUAACCAACUCAACCUUAAUCACAUCACAAUCCUCAACUUUGUACAUGGUUUUCCAAUUACAAACUAACCAACCUCUUUCAAGGGUUAUUUUUGCCAUUGGACCAAGUGGUACCUUUCCUUCAUCACCAAGUUUUGCACUUUCCAUGCACCAAGACAAAUUCUCCAUGACUUUGGAUUACUCAACAGGUUCAAGUAGUUCAUCGGAAAACCCUUCUAUGAACUUGAAGAAAAGCCAUGGAUUGUUGAACAUAGUGGCAUGGGGUAUCUUAGUGAUAAUGGGAGCCAUAGUUGCUCGUUAUUUCAAGGAAUGGGAUCCAUUUUGGUUUUAUUUUCAUGCUUCAGUUCAAUCAUUGGGUUUUAUUAUUGGAAUAAUUGGUGUAAUUAGUGGGCUUGUUCUUAAUAAUCAACUCCAAGUUGAUGUUUCUCUUCACAAGGCUCUUGGUAUCAUCAUUCUUGUCCUAGCUUGCCUUCAGAUGAUGGCUUUGCUUGCUAGACCUAACAAGGCAUCAAAAAUGAGGAAGUAUUGGAAUUUGUACCAUCACAACACAGGAAGAGUUUUGAUUAUAUUAGCCAUUGCUAACAUCUUCUAUGGAAUUCAUUUAGGCAGAGAAGGAAAUGCAUGGAAGGUUGGCUAUGGAAUUGUUCUUGCCAUUUUACUCUUUAUUGGAUUCCUUUUUGAGAUAAACAUGUGGAGUAGUUUAGAAGAAGAUGAUGACUAAACUAAAUUUUUAUUAUCAAAUUUAUUUCUUUGUAGAAAUUGUAUGUUUAUUUCUUCUCAUCAUUAUGAAUUAAGUUUUUUGUUAUUUGAAGGAAGCUAAUUAAGUUCUUAUUUAUUUUUGAUCAUUUUUGUAAUUUUAAGCUGUGUUUGGAAUAACGAUAAAGAUCGAGAGAUAAAGAUAAA